GGGAGUCUUCAGAGGGCAUCAAGAGGUCGCGGUGGAAGUCGGGACGGCGGCGGAUCGCAUUAAUGUCUGCCCGCUCGUAGGCAAAGUGCGUGUCCCCUGCGUGUCCGCUUCGGGUUGUCCGUUUACGGAAUGAACCGCACGGCAUCGGCGCUUGCGUUGUUUGCGAGAAAGACCGUUUAGGAUCGAAGGUGGAGUUUUUCGCGCUUGCUUUUCGUCGUUCGUUUCACAGCCCGUUUGAGUUUGCUGCAUAUUAUCGAUGCAUUGAUAGUCAGCUAGCUAGCUAGCAGGACAGCUAGCCUACGGUGGCUCCUAGCCUGAGCUAGCCAGGUAGCACGCGAGCUAGCGUAUGUCUGAGAAUUAGCCGAGGACGUAAACGCAGAUAAACACGACAUCUGAGUGCUGUGUAGCUGCUGAUUGGGAUCGUUAGUUAGCGAGAGACAAAAAGGCGGUCACACACGUGGGAGAGGCCGGAGAGAGAAGGACGGAGGAGGAGAAGAAGAAGAAGAAGUGACGAAAGGAGCGGCCGAUGAAUUCAGACCAGGGCGGAGAGCCGCUGCAGGAGGAGGCCGAGCCGGGACUGGAAGCCCGCGGGGAGGCGGAACCGGGACCAAGAGCCUGUGAGGAGGUCGCGGCUGCAAAGGCGGCCAGUAUGGUGACCUCGAAGGGAGCAGGUCUGAACCCUAAUGCCAAAGUGUGGCAGGAGAUGCCUGCUGUGCCCAGUGAGGCUCCUGUGGAUGCCACCGAGGCUUCCCCCUGGUCCCAGUCAAACAUAACUGAAGAGUCCCCUGGAUGUAAACCAUACACACCUGGCUUCCCAGGUCUCGUGGACAGCAGCACCACGGCCGCAGCAGUGGUCAACGGCAUGGACCCUUCUGACCCAAACCCUCUGACUGGGUGUAAUGAAUCCAAACUGUCUGAAGAUCAGCCUCUCUCUGCAGAAAGCUUGCGCGAGUCUCUGAAAAAAGAGCUGGAAUUCUGCUUCAGCAGGGAGAACUUAUCGAAAGAUCUUUACCUGAUUUCUCAAAUGGACAGUGAUCAGUUUGUGCCAAUAUGGACCAUUGCCAGUAUGGAAGGAAUCAAAGUCCUUACCACAGACUUGGAUCUUAUCUUGGAUGUGUUGAGAUCAUCUCCUAUGGUUCAAGUGGAUGAAAAGGGGGAGAAGGUGCGGCCAAAUCACAAACGCUGCAUCAUCAUUCUGCGAGAGGUUCCAGAAACGACCCCUGUGGAGGAGGUGGAGGAGUUGUUUAAGAACGACAACUGUCCGAAGGUCAUCAGCGUGGAGUUUGCGCACAACAAUAACUGGUACAUCACGUUCCAGUCGGAUACGGAUGCUCAACAGGCAUAUAAAUACUUAAGGGAAGAAGUCAAAACAUUUCAGGGAAAACCCAUUAUGGCCAGAAUAAAAGCCAUCAAUACCUUCUUUGCAAAGAACGGUUACCGCAGCCUGGACUGCAGUGUCUAUCAGCCGCAGUCUCACACACAGUCCCAGUACAGCUCACCACUCUUCAUGCAACCUAUAUACAGCCCUCAGCAGCAGUAUCUCUACGGCAUUGUCCCUCCCACCUGGACUCCAUCACCUACUCCAUAUUUCGAGACUCCUCUGGCACCUUUUCCUAACAGCGGGUUUGUCAAUGGAUUUGGCACGACUGCACACUACAAAACUGGUUCCAAUUCUCUCAACAUUGGACGCCCUUUCAACAGAAACCGUGUCCCACUCUAUUCAAGAAAGAAUGUAAUAAAUGCCUUCAGCAGGAACCACGUGAAGCCCCAGACGAGAGUGAAUGACGGACUGGCCUCCAACGUCACCCCUGUGUCUGUGGUAGACGGUCUCCGCAGUUCACAGCCUCAUGCCAACAGUAGCUCAGUGCUGGCCACCUCGGAGCUGAGCUCCUCUUUCCUACAACUGAGCACCUCCGCUGAGCCAAACGAUGACAGUACUGUGGCUGGACGGGGACGGAGGAAUACGUACAGAGCAACGAGGAGGAGGAGAGAGGAUGAACGAACCAUAAGGCCAGUUCCCCUCACUGAAGUUAAGGUGUCACAACCUAAAUUUGACCUGGCUCCUUCUAAUUUCCCUCCACUCCCUGGAUGCUCAGGCAGCCCACAGGGAGAACCAGUUUUAGAGAAUCGCAUGUCUGACGUAGUGCGGGGUCUCAACAGAGAUAAGCAGUCAGACUCAAACAAAGAAUCCACUGUGAGCGCAGCUGCUCCGGCCUCUGAGGAGACUGUCCCCAGACCUGCACUGACUGCAAGCAAACCCACUGUUCAUGCUGCAGACCCUGCUAGCUACAGCGCAACUGCAACCCCUCAGGAGAAGAAACUGGAUAAAGCUGAGCCCUUGGUCCAUAAAGACAUGCCUGUGAACUCAAGCACCCCAUCAGCCAUUCCACAGAGUCCGGCUCAGCAAGCUCCUAUCUCUAAGACUCCACCGAGUCCUGCCACCCCUGCAACCCCUCAGGCCAACGCUGGCCACUCCAACCCCGCCCUACUGGAGCCUCGGAAACUGAGCUAUGCUGAGGUGUGCCAGCGCCCCCCCAAGGAUCCCCCUCCUCCUCCUCCUCCUCCUCCUCCACCUGUGGUCAGCCCCAGUCCUGCCAGCGCUACCUCACAGCCUCUGAGGGAGCUGCGUGUAAAUAAGGUGGACGAGCAGACGGGCAGCAGCGAGAAGCCAGAGCGGCCUCAGGAUCGUGGGGGGGACUUUAAGAGCCGGGAGGGCAGGCCGGCUCGCGACUCGCAGAGUUUCUACCGUAGCAACGGCCCUCCCAGAGCCAGUACGGGAGGCUUCAAACUCCGUGAGCAGCAGAGGCGUCCUCAGUUUACCCCCCGCACUUCACCACAAGGAGCCUCCAGACACACUGGCAAAGAGCAGAACAUCCCCCCUGUAUCGCCAAAGUAAAGACUAAAUCCAUACAAAUGUAUGAAUAUAUACACAUAUACAUAUAUAUAAAUAAAUAUAUAUAUAUAUAAAGAGAUGAAAUAUAAAAAAAGUUUAAAAAUCUAAAAUAAUAGCCACCUCUUUUGCCUGGAGCACAUCCACAGGAAAAUCUCACGAAAUGACAAUGCACUGAUGGAGACAUCAUGGUGUACGGGCAUCAAAUAAUUGAAGCUUGUUGAAGGAAGUCAUCAAAUAGGAAAAUUGCGCUUCUAAAUGUGACAAUGCCCCUCAGAAUGUAAAAUUUUUUUUUUAUUAUUUUUAUUAUUUUUUCCCGUUCUUCUCAUCGUCCUUCCCCAUAUGAGGGCGUUUUACCAGGAGGCUGUGGGACUGAGGGCGUCAUAACAGCCGAGCGGUCAAUGCUGUUGUUGAGCUGAAACAAUGACGGUAGACUGCAAAGAACAUAUGCACUAAGAAGAAAAAGGAACAUGAAUACUGUCAUGUACCUAUACAAAGAUAUCACUUUGACAUGCAAGGAUUCUACUAACAUUACCUUUUUUUUUUUUAUUUUAUAUAUAAUUCAUUCGCAUUGGCAGGUGACUGGGAAUGCGAUUUUAUGGAGUGAGUAAAAGAUGUACAUGAACUUUUCUCUUUGAUUUAGCAGUAAUGAGGAAUCAGUUUGGGAUUUAGAUCCCAUUUAGAAAAUUCAAAGCCUGCUUCAGUGCAUUGGUGGAUAGCUAGGAACAGCAGUGAGGCUUGGAGUUGAUCUGGAUUUUUGAAUUCUUUUUUGCUUGACAUGGCUGAUCUAAGCUCACCAAAUCAGAGGAGCUGCCGUUUAGAAAUGUCUUAAAGACAUUUGCUUGUGGAGCUUCGGUAGAUCUUCAUAUACAUCACUUCAUGAGGUUGGAGCCUGCCAAUUGUAAUGCUGGAUCACUGGUUUGCUUUUAUUUCUUUUUUUUUUUUCUUCUCGCUCUUUAUUUUCUUUAAUUAUUAUUUAGUUAGAUUGUGUAACCAACAACCUGUGAAAAAUCACUAUCAGUCAGGUACAUAGACACUCAAGUAUUUCGUCAUUUCAGUUGUUUUAUGUUGGUUUUUUUGUGUAUUUUUCCCAAAAUUGCUUCUGAGCAAGCUCAAUUUUUCCUGAGCAGUCAGGCAUUUGACUGUGUUUACAAGAUUGUCAGCUUGGGCUAAGAGGCAGAGAUAUGAAGCUGCUUUUGGUUGCAUUUUGGGCCACAAGCUAUUCUUAAAAAUCAGGACCCUCCCUAUAAUGAAUAGUAGCUAUUGUGCAUAGGUGUGUGAUGGUCAUUUAGGUCAGGAAAACACAAGGCCUAUUUUAUUGACUAGUGAUUUCACUACACUAUUAUUUCAUCUGUACAGAAAUUGGUUGAUUUCACUGUUAAAGAAAAAAAAAAACAUUUGGGUUGAAUUUUGGCACAUCCUAAAACGGCAAUUGUUUCGGUUCAUUCCUCUUUAGCAUUGAGAGAUGCGAAGCACAAUGGAUACAGGAUGAAAAGCUGAAAGUGUGAGUGCUAUGCUGUCUCCCCCGCCCCACCUUCGACUAGCACACUUGUGAUUGUCCACAAAUCCUGAUACAAUUGUUACAUGGCUUUGAGGGCAGUAUAGAAAUUAUAUUAUUUCCCGCUGGUCAAUUUAAGUAAGACAUUUUGUGCAGACAAUUGAAAUCAAAUUUGAAUUUAAUUCUUUUUUUUAUUAUUAUUUUUUGUUUUCUGUUGCAUAUUGAUGGUCUUGGGCAUUUUAUCAUACACCAGUCAUUUCAUGCAAUUUCGAAAGAUCAGCAAAUUCUUCAAGAAACCUGUCCACAUGUUUGUCCUUGAUUCUCACAAAUGAAACAUUCGUGUUGAUGUUUAGAUGGUUUGAAUCGGUGACCUUCUCAAAAAAAAAAAAGAUCUAGGUGCAUUUCGCAUCUGUACCAAAAAAAGUUGUAUGGGCUUUGCUAGCAUGUGCUUUCAAUGCAGCAAAGGGGGUGGGGGGGGUGGGGGGAAGCAAUGUGAAAGUGAACUGGUGCUGUUAACUUAAAAAAUGUAAUCGGAGGAAGAUGCAGUAUUGCUGUUUGAAUUCUUUUUUUUUUUUUUUUAAAUUGACUUUUUAAUUUAUUUUAAUCCUCUUGCCCGACCCUGCCCUCAUUGCCCUCCCCAGUCUAUGUAGGCCAUGUUCCUGACUUGUGUACAAAAUGACAUUGGGAGAGAAUCACAGAUUUAACAUUUGUAUAUUUUUGAGAUUUCAGCAGAGAAAAUACUUGAUGCAUUUACUAGAGGUUUAGUAAUGCAGUAAAUAAAUAACAAAUCACUGGGGCUUUUAUUGUUUUCACCUAUUUUCGUUUUGUUUUUCCUUAAUGAAUUUGAGCAGCUAGUGGUUUAGUGUAAUGGAACAAAAUGCACUAACUUGUUAAAAAAAAACAAAAAAAAAAAACUUACUGUCAAUGUAAUGUGAAAUUAUAUUAGAAGCAUAAGAUAAUGACAUUGAUGUUGAGCGGCUUGCAGAAAUCUACAGGAAUAGCAUUCUCCUUAAUGUUUGGGUUCUCACUGUUAAUUGGUUUUAGGGCUGCUGUGGCAAAGGGAAGAAUUAAUUUAACAAUGGAUUGAAAGUGUUGGAGAUGGCACAUUCUAGCUGUCUGCAUAAAAUGUCAUUAAAAAAUAAAUUAUUUUGUUUUGGCCUUGGA